CGCCGCGCGCGGGCCCCUUCCGCCGCCGGCCCUGAGGAAGCGGAGUCGCCGCCGCCGCCGCCGCCCGAGACCGGCUUCCCUCCGCCGCCAUGGCCCGCAGACGCCUCGGCCGACGCCCGGUGAGUCCUCCGACGGCCCCUUGCCUCAGCGCCGCUAGGCAGCUUCCGCCUCGGCACGUCCGGGCCGUGUCCACCCUCCUGGCUCGCUGGCCUCCCCUCCCAUCUUCACGGAAGCGGCCGGGGCCGCCCGCUGCCAGCCUGGCUCUCCGGUUGUGUAAAAAGCCGGGCUGCCCGAUGCCUGUCAUCCCUAUCCCACGGCGGGUUCGGUCUUUCCACGGGCCCCACACGACCUGCCUGCACUCGGCCUGCGGGCCGGUCCGGACCGCCCCCCUGGUGCGCACCAAGUACAACAACUUUGACAUCUACCUGAAGUCCCGCUGGAUGUACGGGGUGAUCCGCUUCCUGCUGUACUUCAGCUGCAGCCUGUUCACCUCCGUCCUCUGGGUGGCGCUGGCGGUCUUGUUUUGCAUUCAGUACCUGGGCAUCCGUUUCUUCCUCCGCUUCCAGUACAAACUCUCUAUCACCCUGCUGCUGAUGGGAAGGCGGCGCGUGGACUUUAGCCUGCUCAACGAGCUGCUCGUCUAUGCCAUCCAUGUCACCAUGCUGCUGGUGGGCGGGCUGGGCUGGUGCUUCAUGGUCUUUGUCGAUAUGUAAAUAAAAGCCGGGUAGUGGGAGGAGCCAGAGGCAGGGUGAGUCUUGGCCUUGGAGGGUCAGGUCCCUCUCUGAUCCUUCCUCCACCCUCCUCCUGCAAUC